UGGAAAAUAAGAUCGGGAACCCUCAUUAACCUGCUUUUGUCUUGAAGAGGUAUUGCAUUGAAUGUCGUUAAAACUUGCAACGGAAAAUCACAGAACGAUCAGCACCUCUUUUCGCCGACUAUUCCCCAAAAAUUAUCUAGACCGAAACCAUGCUAAUAGGGCUAUGUGGAGGAAUAUGCUCUGGGAAAAACUCCGUUGCUGAAUACUUAAUCCAGAAACACGGAUUCCACCAGCUCCAACUCUCCCAUAGACCCGACCAUCUUCUUGGACAAAAUGAGCUACCUCCAUCCUUCGGAAGUCAGGGCCCUAAAAACGGGGCUCACGUAUUUCAGACUGUCGAUGAACUACUCGAUUUCGUAACAAGAAGAUGGCAAGAUCGUUGGGUUACUACCGAUAUCUGGGAUGAGGCAACGCUGGAAAGGCUCCUCAUGAGACCUUAUUUCCUUCUCGUAAGCGUCGAUGCCCCAGUUAGCCUUAGAUGGAGCCGCUUCUCCGAAAGGGCUUGGCGUCGGCAAUUGGAUCCUCCUGACCUCGAGAAAUUCGUUCUUUGGAACGACAAGCACCUAUACGACAAGGAUAUUGGAAUUACAUACAUGACAGACCGUGCUCAGCUUCGAUUGUUCAACUCGUCGUCUUCGUUGCAUGAUUUUCACUCAGCGCUGGAAGAGUUGGAUUUAGCCGACGAACGACGUCUCCGCCCUGGCUGGGAUCAAUAUUUCAUGCAACUUGCAUCCCUGGCGGCCCAACGAAGCAAUUGCAUGAAGCGACGAGUAGGGUGUGUCCUAGUCCGAGGAAGGCGAGUUAUGAGCACAGGAUACAACGGGACGCCCCGAAAUACGAAAAACUGUAACGAAGGCGGAUGCCCUCGUUGCAACUGUGGAGAGGGUGGUGGUGCCGCACUAUCCACCUGCCUCUGCAUCCACGCAGAAGAAAACGCUCUAUUGGAGGCCGGGCGUGAACGGAUAGGCGAAGGUGCUACAUUAUAUUGCAAUACCUGUCCCUGCCUCACUUGCAGUGUGAAAAUUGCACAACUUGGCAUAUCGGAAGUGGUCUACUCGCAAAGCUAUAACAUGGAUAAUGAGACUGCAUCAAUUUUGAAAGAAGCUGGAGUGAAACUCCGUCAGUUUUUACCUCCACGUAACGGACUCGUGUACCUCCAAAGGUCUAGUAUUAUGAUUAGUAACGACCACGAAGUAUUCAAUCCGGAGCUGGCAUUAUGAUGGCAGUGUACACGCGUCAUUUACUCGGUAAUUUGUAAGCAUUUCUCUUUUCUUUCUUUUCAUUUCUUUCCUUUUUGAAGUAUAGAAAGAGAGAAAGAUAUAUAUGAAUAUAAAUAAAAGCGGUAUUAUCGGCGUGUAUCUGUGUUCAAGGAGGAAUAUCAAAAAAUUAUAUCAAACUUUUGAGGAACGAGUAAGAAAUCUCAGUACCAGGGGACCAUAUCUUAUCGCCUACAGGUCCCCAAAGUACCACUUAAAAUUUUUGCAAGCUAGUCAAUUGGACAAUACUAGUACAGUAUACGCAGUCAUGUAAUGUAGAUUUUUGUUGGAUGCAUGC